AUGGGUGAAGAUUCGAUUGUAGCCGAAGAUGUGCGGCCCGAGGCUGCACAAACCUUUUUUCCGCUUAAAUUUCUUCUCUACCUACUCUAUCGGAUAGUGCGAACGAUCAUUUUGCUAGAGUCCGACUUUGUAGCCGCAUUCAAACGCCUCUGCACAUGCGAGUGUUGUGACGUGGAAUUUCUGCACAUUUUGACCAGGUUCCGUCUCGAUCCGACAGACCGCCCGAAUGCUGUCGAUUUUCUUGCAUUUCACGACGGUUUUGGGGACUUUUCGGAAAUCUUGCACCCAGACUGGCUCAUCUACGAUAUUGACGACACAUUUGUAUAUUUGGCAAAGUUGCCGGAUACCAGCCAUCUAUUGACGGCGGACACGUGCUGCAGAAUGGGUGACGAGCUGUUUGCGAGCGGAGAAAAGCUGGCCCGGGUGCGACUCGAGACUUUCAUCGAACGCUCUGGUCGUCUACCACCAUUUGCGAGUCGCGUCGUUUUCCUGCACUUACCGCCCUGCAGCGGUGGCACGACAGUCGCGCGGAUGCUGCAAGCGUGCGACCCCACCUACCAGAACCUGUGCGUCUACGGUGAACCCCCGGUGACCACGUCCCUGGCAUGUCUGAUUGACGAGCUACCGGUUGAGCUUUUGAAGAGGCUCACCUUGGCCACACUCCGCCAUGCUCUACACCAUCAGAAAAAUGAUCAGACGAUCGUCUACAAGUGCCGGUUCAACAGCGGUCGACUGAUCCCAUUCAUCCAUGCGACGGUUCCAUCCGUGUUGCAUUGCCUCGUGGGCACGAGAGCCCCUGACAUUGCCGUCUCGAAGCUGAUGCUCAGGGCAGGGCAACAGACAAAUUUCUUCCAGAUCAUCUCGCGGAUGAGGGAAGAGUUCCGAUGGAUCAGCGACAAAAUUUCAUCGUGGCCCCAGAUGCAGCUGCGCGCCGUCCAGCAAGUCGGCCCAAAGGACGCGUUCGAAAUGGCGGCCGCUCUGUUCAUCGGCUCACAACUCGUGCUGGAGAGAUGUUUGCCGUACCUGGCGAUUGACCCGAUCUGUUUUGAGGAACUGAUGAGCGACACGGCAAGGUUAUUCGGACCGUUGGCGGAUCUUUGUGAGCUAACGGAUUUGCAUAUUCCUGAAGCUAUUGCCUGGAAGCGUUCGUCAUCGCAUGAAUGGAGAGACAAUUGGGAUCUGUGUAUCCUUGACGAACGACAGCUCCGCCGCCUCGAGCAACUGCACGAACUGCUGCUAGGAGAUUGGAGCCUC